GUGAUAAAUAAAUCCCACCCGACGAAAUUCCCAUCUGUUGUGCAGAAGCGUUCGUACUGACCGCCACGAUGGUGACUUUAAGUGCUCUAGUGGUACUAUUUUUAAGUGCAACCUGUUUAAGUUCGAAGGUUAGGAAUCCCGUGGUUACAACCCCAUUGGGUAGAGUCUGCGGCCAGUACAAGACGUCCUUUGGCCAGAGAAGAUUUGCAGCUUUUGAGGGCAUUCCGUAUGCAAAACCACCUGUUGGUCAACGACGCUUUGAGGCCCCUGAACCCAUCGAAAAAUGGCACGAUGUAUGGAAUGCAACCCGUCCUCGAGAGUGUGCCCAAAUUCACUCCCUUUACCAAUUAACAUCGAUGUCGGGCGAAGAAGAUUGUCUAUACGUCAAUGUUUACGUCCCCCGCACCCAUAUAAACCCCAUCGAGAACCUAAACGUAAUCGUGGACAUCCAUGGUGGUGGGUUCAUGGCCUUAAGUGGCCACAUCUACGCCGGCCCUGGCUACAUAAUGGACCACGACGUCAUUUUCGUCACGUUUAAUUAUCGUCUAGGUCUUUUGGGCUUCCUGAGUACUGAAGACGACGUUCUCCCUGGCAACAACGGCUUGAAAGAUCAAGUACUAGCUUUGAAAUGGGUACAAAGGAAUAUUAGGAGUUUUGGUGGUAACCCAGGGUCGGUUACGCUAACUGGAGCCUCAGCUGGGGGUGUUAGCGUCCAGUUGCACUACUUAUCACCCAUGAGCACCGGUCUGUUCCAUCGUGGUUUCUCACAAAGUGGGUGUGCCUUAAAUCCGUACGUUCUACAAGGGGGGGCGCUAGACAAAGCUAAAACUAUAGCACUGGCUGUGGGGUGUCCGCAAACCCCCACCACGGAACUGAAAAAAUGUUUGAAAGAAAAACCGUACCAACAGUUGUUAAAUCAAACUCUGUUGUUCACUGGGUAUGGGUUUCAUCCACUAGUUGUGUUCAGUCCGGUUGUUGAAAGAGGAGCAAACGCGUUCCUUCCGGAAAAACCGAGACAAUUAUUGUCGAAGAAACAUGUACAAGAUUUGCCCUGGAUGGCGUCCUUCGUGGAACACGACGGAUAUGCGAAUAUUGCAGAAUUCAGAAAUAACACAGCGACUAUCAACCAGAACUGGGACCAAGCGUUGCCGUUUGUGUUCUUUUACAACUACACAGUUGCGCCAGAAAACUGGGGUCAAGUUGCUAAAAAAAUCAAAGACUUUUAUUUUGGGGAAAAUACAGACCUUACUGAUCGGAAUUUCAACGACUUCAUCAGGUUUUCGACAGACAGAAUGACAGUUCGUGAUACUGUAAGGAGUGUUGAAUUGCAGGCCGCAGCUACUAGAUCUCCCGUCUAUCUCUAUGACUUGAGUUAUACUGGGGAAAAUGAAAUUAUCGCCCACGCCGAAGAUCUUCAGUAUUUUUACUACGUCGAGAGCGAGAAACCUCUAACUCAAGAUCAACUUAAAGUGAAAGAUCUCUUGGUAAACAUGUUGGUUUCGUAUGCCAAAACGGGCACACCUCGUAUAAAUGGAGUUACUUGGAAACCAGUCAAGUCUCAUCGUUUAAAUUAUCUAAAUAUUUCUGGUUACGACGUCGAAGAUAUUCAGCUACAAACUAAUAACAACUUGGGGAAUCAGAAUUUUUGGAACUCGUUGGAAUUGUUACAGAACGAGUGACAUCCACAGGCCAUAUCUUGACAUUGUUGGUUGCUAUGUACACAUACAUUAUUUUUAGAUAAGCUAGUACUCGACACACUUUACAGGUGUCCCAGAUAAAAAUCAGACGUUUUAUCAUGUUAUAUAAUUUAAAUUUCUUAGGAUUAUCAUUGCUUGUAAUAUUUCUUGUAAAUGGAAGUUGCUAAAAAAAUAAAAUUGAUCUUUUUUUUUUCAAAA